AUGCCGAGGACUGCAUCCGAGGCUUCCACUAUCUCGGAUAAGAAGUCAGCUUCGCUCGGGUAUGAAUCCUUCUACUCCAAGCUCAAGAAGUUUGCCGACGAGGCCAACACCAACCUCUACGUGUCCAACAUCCCCAAGAACAUGAAUGAGCAUGAACUUGCCGGUAUCUUCGCACCCCACAAGGUCUGCUCCAGCAGGAUCCUUCGCGACCCCUCUGGUACUGGCCGUGGUGUUGGCUUCGCUCGCUUCGAGACUCGCGACAUCUGCGAUGAGGUCAUCAAAGAGUUCAACAACACCCCGGUUUCCAAGACAGGUGGUGAGGAGCAUCUCAUCCAGAUUCGCUUCUCGGAUACCCAUGAGCAGAAGAUGCUGAAGCAGCAGACUGCAGCUGGUCGUGUCUUCCGUGCUGCGGAGUACGAGGUUGGUGUUGCUCAGGCUAGGGCGCUGGGCACGCCUGAUCGCUACCUCUCCGUGUCGCCCAUUCCCGCUGGCCACGCCAAUGAGUUCGAAUUGUUCAUGCGCGGCCAGCGUCAGCCCUGGUCGCCCCCAGUGCCAUCCACUCUCGGCCCUGCCCGUUCAUACUACGUGCCCCAGGGUGGCCCCAUCAAGAGCGACGAUGGCACUUCGGAGAAUGGUGUCGGCAUCAAGACCAACCCCGCCACUCCGGUCAAGACCGAUGACAAGUCUUCCUCACCAAGCCGCCUCUCCGCCCGCAACGAUUAG